UGCGAUAUGUUACUCCAUAGAUUUGUUCACUACUUAGGCCACAAAAUAAAACAGUCCACGCGCACUUUAGAGCACUAUCUAGGGCCCUAUGUGCACUAAGGAAGCCAUUUUGAAAUACGGCCGUGUGCUAGCAUGUUAAUAUCAUCGGAUGCGACGUUAUAAACUUCUUCUUUUAUCUGAUUCCCUUUAUAGAGAAGACGAUCCGGCAACAUGUCCCGUCCUAUGGGUGACAGCCAUAAGCGGUUUUUACAGACCAUGAUGAGGAACGGUAUAAUCAGUAGUGUUCAAGCCAAGGCACUUUAUCGCCAUUGUUGUGAGACUCACGGAGCUCAUUAUUUGCCAGAUAAGUUGGAGGAAUUCAUCGACGUCAUCAAUACUAACCUUCAGCCCAUGUUCAUGCACGUUAGAAAAGGCACGUCAGAAGAGGACGGAGCACAGCACUACGCUUUGGUGAACGUGGCCGAAACAGACAUCACGAGAAUGUCUUCUGAUUACGCGGAUAACGAACUGGAGCUGUUCAGGAAAACGAUGGAUCUGAUUUUAGACGCCGAGAACGGUAGCGCCUCUUCCACCGAUCUCCUGAAUUGCGCCGAUCGUCUCCAGACGAAGAAAAUGAAAAAGAAAGAGACGGAGCAAGUGCUGAAUAAGUUUGUUCAGGACAAAUGGUUAAGUGAGAAACAAGGAGAAUACACUUUAAGCACUCGUUGUAUCAUCGAGAUGGAGCAGUAUAUGCGUACAGUUUACCAGGACCUCAUCAGGGUGUGUCACGUGUGCCACAACAUCGUCUUACAGGGCCAAAUCUGUGAAAACCCUGAUUGUGGGAUCAAGAUGCAUUAUUACUGCGUUGCCAGAUAUUUUAAAGGGCGCAUCGACCCACACUGCCCUUCCUGCAGUGCCUUCUGGGCUCAUGAGGUCCCCGAAAUCCAGCCGGAGUCACAAAGCCAGUCUUCGUCUGCCAGAGAGACGUCUGCUCCUACACCGUCUACGGUUGCCACACGACGCUCCAGGAGGCUGUGACGUCACACACCGCAUCCUCAUCUCAGGGCUGGAGUGGAGAAUAAAAUGUGAUACCGUGGUUGUAUUUUAUUUGUUCGUUUUUAUGUAACAUGCUGUACAGGAUGUACAACGGUAAGCAACUGCACUAUAGAUAUCCUGAAAUAAAUAACAAAUGGAAAUAACUGCUGUAUAGUAUAGUAAAUAUUCAGAAUAGGAAAUUUAUCGGAUUAUAUACUUUGCCUCUAAUGUCCGUCACUUCUUUUUAUAUAUUUUUGAUACAUUUAAUAAACGAAUGUUUAUUGUUUGAA